AUGGUGGAAGAUCUCCUAAAGGCAAGACACUUGAAGCAGUACGUUCGAACAGUGCCUAAAGGUGGAGAGUCACCCCAUAGUCGAGGCCCACGCGCCCCAGCAGCUCCUAUUAGAGCAAUGAUCAACUACAUAUAUAGAGGAUCUUUGGAUGACGAGUACAGUUCCAAAAGGAAAAGGCAGAGAUUGCUGCGAGCAGCUACAGUUCGAGAACACGUGAGCUCCAUCCGGCAGGGAUUAGCCAAUGGGAGUAUCCAUCCCAUAGAUGGGACCAUUGUCUUCCUCGCUCUAGAUCCAACCCGAGUGCUGCAGCCACACCAAGAUGCUCUCAUCCUAACAAUAGGGGUGGCGGUCAUCAAACGAAUGGGUUUCGAACCCUCUAGCAUGGAAAAUCCCGGAAGAACCCUGUCCGGAUUCAAUGGUUCUUCCACAACCUCAGUUGGGGAUGUAAUACUGCCGGUUCAUGCCAGGCCAGUCAUCCUAAACAUUCUGUUUUCUGUGGUUGAGGAUUUAUCCCCUUUUAAUGCCAUCUUGGGACGAACGUGGUUACAUGGAAUGAAGGCCAUUCCAUCCACAUAUCAUCAAAAGGUCAACUUCAUCACCCAAGUGGGCAAAUUAAUCUUUGUGGAAGCCAGCUUGUUGCUCGACAAUGUUAUCAAAUCGCUCGCGAGGCUGGACCCAGCGCCGACAGCGAGCAUUCCUCCAAAGAAGCAAAUGCUUCUGACCAAUAGCAGCUACAGCACCCGAGAGACAAAGAUCCCCCGAUAG